AGUCCGCUAAAUGGAUAAAGGAACCCCCACCCCCCGUUCUAAAUACUGUCUACGGGCCUGGUAAGAGCCCUGUUUUAAAACGUGAACAGCCUAACCAACAACACCACUCUUUUCUCCAAUCCUCAUUGAGCCCUUGUGACGUCAUCCUGUUCUUUUGUUUCGUUUUACUUUAAAAUGUUUGCAAUAUACACAUCAAUUAAAAUUUCUCCCAAGCGAGCUUUACUGACGACUGGAACUUCUUUUCGAGAAAGUACUUAUAUUAAGGCAAAGAUGGAUCUUUCCAACCUGAGUAUGUUCAGUGCUAACAUGGCUGGUGGGCAACCUUUGGUGAGUGACGUGGCCAUCAAGAUGAGUCUGAAUGUUACCCUUAUUGUCACCACACUACUCGGCAAUGGCAGCAUUCUACUGCUUCUCAAACGAUUCAGGUGCCUACGCACUGUCCCAAACAUCCUGAUAGCAAACCUCGCGUGUGUCGACAUGCUCAACGUACUCGUCAACCUCCCAGUGAAUGCUCUGGUCGGUAUCAUGGAGUUGCAUCACGUUGUCAAGGGCAGGCUCACUUCCGCCUGUGUCGCGUCCGCACAGACCGCCUUCGUGUUCCUCAACCUCCUCGGCAUGGGCAUGAUGAUGCUGGAUCGCCUUUUAGUCAUACGAUGGGGAUUGCGUUACAAGUUUUGGAUGACGACGAAGAAAGUGUGCCUGACCAUAUUAGGCAUGUGGCUUGUCACCAUUGCGCUUAUAACUCCCUGGCUUCUCAAUCUGUACAAAGUCAACCUUGGCGACGCCCCUACGUUCAUCUAUCGUAUGAUAUAUUACUACAUGGUCGGUGACUAUGUCACCUUCAUACGCUGUGCGUUUGCCGCCCUAUACAUUCUAUUGGGGAUGUUGACCUGGAAAAGCCUCAAGGACCAGACCAAGAAAUACGAUGGAGAGCUUUCCUUGCCUGAACAGCAACGCCUGAAACUGCAGAAAAGCCGUCGUCAAACGGAGGUUCACGCGGCAGUCACGGUGGGUCUUACCGUCUUGGCGUACGUGCUGUCCUGCGUCCCUUUGAUCGUCUAUGGCGUCCUCGCCGAGAAAGCCAGCAGCCUCGUUAGUAGCGACUUCCUCAAGUGGUUUGGCCUUUUCGCAAACUACUCGCAGUACGUGUCCAGUGCGUGUAACCCCUUCAUCUAUAUGGCCCGUUGCAAUCGAUUUAAUCGCGCGCUCAAAGCACUGUGGCGGGAUCCCUGUGGCUCCCGUACGAUGACUAAUGUAUCACCAGCGAUGCACACUGCGCCCGCGACAGCGUCGGUAGUGUCCUUGCCAGCGGUCGAGCCGCGCAAUCCUGUCGGGGCUUUUUCCGAAAAAAGUCGGACUUGUUGAAAGCCUUUUUAUGUCUUCGUUUACUUGCUCGGGCAGUGCAAUUCUGACAGGGAUUUUCCCAAUGCAGUCGCAGACGCGUUGUCGUCUGUUCUCGGGGAUCCACCGAUGAAGGCCUGACAUUUUCGCCGAAGAGCUUUCCAAACAGCCUUCGAGUCUUCAUCAGUUUUCACACAACGCAGCGCAACCAAUAAUUAAGGCCGUUCUGUUGUGGGUACAGCCGAUAUAGAGGCCCGAGCUGUCUAGCCGAGAGCUCACCAACAUAUGCAAACACCGGUACUUCCGAUAACAAGACCCGACUUUCUAGCCGAGAGAAAACCGACAUACAUUUAUUUCAAUUAAGGUUGCACUCGGAGAAUCUGUGUAUCGUAACCUUCGGUGGUUCAUGGGUAUCAAGUAAAUAAACGAAUAAGCGUGAAUAAAAUACAAAUCCAGGUUUAAAAGGCUGUAGAAUUCUUGUUUACAUUCUUAUGAACAUUCAAAUGUAGCUUUCAGAUACAAGGAUUCAGCCAUUUAUACGCUACCCAUGAACCACCGCGGGUUACGACAUAUGGAUUCUCGAGUGUAUAAGAUAGGUGUAUACAAAAACUAGUACUUACGCCAAGAACGUCGACGUUCUAGCCAAGAGUUCACCGACCUGUACAAACCCCUAUUAUAAGAGGAUGAAGAACUGGACUCCGGAACAACCCUUAUAACGACAACGGGCGUCAAGUGGCUAAAUAUUACAUUGUCAAGAAGUACAGGCAACUGUUAUACAGUGAUGUAACAGUUUUUCUAACUGGUGCACCUGUCAAAGUAGCCUUUAAAAGAGGCCCGUACGCAGGAAUUUUCUUGGGGGGGGGGAAGGUGGGGGUGAAUUCUCUGAUAAAAAUCUGACCACCCCCGAAAGAACAAAAAGUGAUUUUUAUGCCUUUGUAGUAUCUCCACGGGGCGUUAAUUGUCUGAUUUGGCUACAUACCAGAGUGAUCUAGCUUAUAUGCUUUAUAGUUUUGUCUACAAAUAGCACUUCUAAUAAGAACCGAAAGUGGAACUUCUCCCCCCCCCCCCCCUGAGUACGGGCCUGCAAAAUAGGGUUAAGUAUUGUCCAAUAAAGUCAGAGUUCUGGCAA